AUGUUUGAAUCCUGCCAAAAAAGUAAUUGUUAUCAGAAAUCUUAUAGUGAGUUGCUGGAACAUGUUGAUGGCAUUGAGGGGAAUGUUCAGUUUCUAAACUUUGCCUAUUCUAUUUCUGCAGUUACUGGGAGCGGCUUGAUCAAGGUUGAAGGUCAUGGUAUUAGCAGUAGCUUCUUUCCGGUCAUGGUUGCUGAGGACGAUGUUUGCACUGAGAUCUGUACGUUUGAGAGUGAAAUAGAAUUGGCUAUGACAGAUCCAUUCCCUUGAGGCACUGAGAAAUUAGAAGUACACCAACAAGCCAUGGAUUACAUCCAUGAUAUGGGACUGCUUCUUUUGAGAAAUACUUUGAUGUCUAGGUUGGAACACUUGGAUCCCAACUCAAAGUUCCCUUUUAAACAGUUCAAAUACCUCAUGAAGUUCUGUGUUGACCAUGAUUCCUGUGUCUUUGUAAAUAAACUCUUAAGACAUUCUUUUAGUGGAAUAGUGGAUGCAAGAGGGCUGCCUUUCUCGAAGUUUGCACUGCAAGAGAUUGCCUCCUUCACUGAGUGGGCGAAUUUAUCGAUGAAACAGAUUAAGAAGCAAGCAAAAAUUAUUAUAGCUUAUUGUUCUUGUUAUGACGAGUGUCGUCAAGGGCAAGCUAUUUAUUCUUUGCCUUACAGAGGCUACAAUUUUGUCCUCCCAAAAGGACUUUGACAUAUUUAUUUUCUGAUUUCCUCCAUAUUUGCAGUAGAGAAACAAAAUUUCCAAUAUCUAAAUUUUUGGUUUUCUAUCACAAUUUUCAUAUAUAUGCA